CUACUACGGCGCGCGGGCUUUGCGAGAAUCGUGACGUUUAGAGGAGAUUAUUUGGCACCUUGAUGGAAUUAGACUGAGCUGCAGAUCUCGACAGCGCCAUGCCGCCCGGCCGGCCUUCGAAAAGGACUGGCGAGUCAGCAGACGGCAACCCAUCGGACGAACACAGCAUCAAAGUCAAGUCGCAGCGGACACAACGGGGAUCGACGCAGAGCGACUUCUCAAGCGUGGUCAAGAGCAAGCUUCAGUCGUACACGCGUACAGGUCAAGCAUGCGAUCGUUGCAAGGUCCGCAAAAUACGCUGCGAUGCGUUGCCCGAAGGGUGUUCGCAUUGCAUUAGUCAGAACUUGGAAUGCUAUGUCACGGAUCGCGUCACCGGUCGCACGGAGCGCCGUGGCUACACACAGGAGCUUGAGAGAGAGAAGGCACCCAUGUUGGCACAGAUCCGGACGCUCGAAAAGAUGCUCGAAGCGAACGGAAUACAUGCGGCGCGGUUUCAGUGGCCUCAGUCCUUGGAUUCUCCGGGGCGCUCGUCAUCGCGCUCACAACUCGAUAUAAGCCACCAGGACGUUUCUCAACAGACUUCACACCUGACAACACCUAUGGGUCCUCCUUCUCCCUUUACCAACAGUGAGAGCACUUCUUUGAGUGUUUCUCAAGACGCCAAUCCAAAUCGACCACAGCUUGUUGCCUUCAAAAGUUUGACGCUAUCCAUUCUUGGAAACGACAUCGAUCUCGGCGCGUUCGGAGAGACUGAUCUCCCAGAUCCCUCGCUCCGCGUUCCCGAUGUGCCCCUACACUAUUCACCAAGCGAGAAGAUGAUCUUGCAUAUGAUGCUCAACCUACAGCGUCCCACAGAUGUCGAGCUUCCACCAUGGAGUGAGGCACUCCGGUAUGCGGAAUGGUGGUUCGCAAAUAUCUAUCCGUUCCUGCCCAUUCUGCACCGGCCAACCUUUUUGUCGAAUCUCAAACUGCUUUACGAAGACCCUGUAUCGCCUUCAUUAGCGCCCGCCGACAUUGUUGGCAUCCAUGUGGUGUUCGCCACGACAUUGCGUCAAAUCAGCUUUACCUCGCUCGAUCACUCGAAGCGACCGCAUCUAGCCAUAUGGUCUGAGAAGCACUACCACUAUGCUCUUGGGAGAUUUUCAGAGGUUGUCGUGUCGCGGAAUCUCCAGGAUGUCCGAGCAAUCGCACUCAUUCUUUUCCACGCGACGAGAUUCUCGAAGCCUAGGGUCAGUGCCUAUGUCGCAAAUCAGGCCCUAUCCCUUGCAAUGGAACUGGGUUUGAAUCGAGCACGCCCCUCGCACGUCCGCACAGGCAGGCUGGAAGAAGAGAUGCGCAAGAGAUUAUGGUGGGCAAUCUUGUGGCUGACAAUCACGAUCCAUGGUCGCACGGGACGGCCGAUGCCGAUAGGCCUACAUGAUAUGGACAUCGAUUACCCGGACGCAUUAUCCGACGAAGCUCUCGAAGAGCAGAGCGGCAACACUAUCGGAGUUCCGGCCUGCCCUUUCCUCGUUGGUCUUUGGAUUAUGAAAGCCACGAGGAUGUAUCUGCAUAUGUACUCAAGCAUAUACAGCAUUCGAUCCAAAUCAUCCGCAUAUCUCAUCUCGCUACAGGCACUGGAACAACAGCUCAAGAACUGGCAGGAUAGUCUCCCUGAUAGUCUUCAGCUUACCGAGGCUGAUCUCGCAGACGCUGCAGUCAGCGACUUCCACGCACUCUAUAUCCACUACACCAGCCUAAAUCUUCAGCUGUACUUGCGCCAUCCCAUGGCGCUGCCGUCCGAGGAUCCCGCGCUCCUGGACAGCACUCUACAGGCCAACGAAGAGAACUCGAAACGCCUGCUCAGGUGUCUCCUGGCCCUGCACAAAAUUGGAUGGCUUGAAGCCACAUGGCUUGCGUUGGGGACGUAUACAAGUGGUGCCUUUCUGCAUCUGACGUCCUAUUGGCAUAGAAGGCAUAUUCUGAACGAGCAUGAUAUCCUUGACCUGCGGCGAGACAUGAUGUCCUGGUUCAUGAUUAUCAAUGAGACCAGCCAACUUCUUCGUGAGGAAUAGCAUGACGCAACAAGGUUGUCAAUAUUUGAGACUGACAAUUGUACCCGUACUUGCAGACAAUGGACAGAGACUAUCUGCUGCGAUCAACGACAUAAUCCAACGCGUGCUAACGUGGAUCGAACAUGAUUAUCACCGGCUGGCAAACGAUGCCCGGUCCUUACACACACCACGCGAUAUGGCCGCCAAGCGCACAGCUCAAGAAUCAGGGCAGAUACCACAUA